AUGGACAAGUUUCAGGUAAAUCAUGUUCCGAGGGAGGAAAAUACAAGGGCUGACAUACUAUCCAAACUUGCAAGCACGAAGAAACCAGGUAACAACAAGUCUGUGAUUCAAGAGACUUUGAAGGGUCCAAGUGUGAAGGAGGAUGAUGUUAUGAUGGUAACGGGCGGAGCAACUUUAGAUUGGAUGGAUAGAAUUCGAAUGUGCCUGGAAGCGGAUGGAUCAGAUUUAGCUCUGUUUUCAAAGGACCAGAUACGAGAGGCGAGUCGUUAUACAAUGAUGGGUGGACAACUUUACAGGAGGGGCGUAGGAGUACCAUUGUUAAGGUGUGUUAGUAAAGAGGAUGCAGAAAGGAUUAUGUUUGAAGUGCAUGAGGGGGUUUGUGCUAGUCAUAUAGGAGGAAGAUCUUUGGCUUCGAAAGUGUUGAGGGCAAGAUUUUAUUGGCCUACGUUAAAGGGCGAUUGUAUGGAAUAUGUUAAGAAAUGUGAAAAGUGCCAAGUUUUUGCUGAUCUUCACAGGGCACCUCCUGAAGUUUUAAGUUCAAUGAGUUCUUCAUGGCCAUUUGCAAUGUGGGGCGUAGAUAUUCUGGGUCCAUUCUCUCGGAAGGUUAGAGAUUUUUGUGCAGAGAUGAGAAUUGAGAACAGGUUCGCCUCAGUUGAACACCCGCAAUCUAAUGGGCAGGUUGAAGCAGCAAACAAGGUGAUUUUGAAUGGCGUGAAGAAGAGAUUGGGCGAAGCAAAAGGAUUAUGGGCAGAUGAAUUGAUCACAGUGGUUUGGGCUUACAACACAACACCCCAAUCCACUACUGGAGAAACACCUUUCAAGCUUGCUUACGGAGUUGAUGCAAUGAUUCCAGUGGAGAUACAAGACAUGACUUUUCGAGUGGCUACAUAUAAAGAAAACCAGAAUCGGGAAAAUGUUCUAGUGGACUUGAACUUGGCAGAUGAGGUAAAAGCAGAAGUCCGUUUAAGGGAGACUGCAGUCAAACAAAGGUCAGAAAGGCGUUAUAAUACACGAGUGGUGCCUAGAAGCAUGAAAGUGGGCGAUUUGGUAUUACGCAGAAAGGCAAAAGGUCCAACCGAUUCAAAGCUGACACCUUACUAG